ACUUUUUCGACUGACGUCACUCCCAGGGAUGGGCUUGUCACGUGGUUAAAGUCUGCGCUAUCUUGUGGAAAACAACCUCUGAGCUUCAAGGGAAAAAACUGGGAGAAAAACUACUGGAGAUAACAAGCUAAUUUAGCAGGGGCAAAGGUGAUUCCUGGAUGUAUGUAUGAUCUGUAUGUCCAGACAAGGUUUGCACUCUGACCUGCAAGCCAAUGUAAGUCGUGCUGAGUGACUGCGUGUGAAAGAGGGCUCAUCUCUUUCCCCAUGACCUCUGGAGGAGGUCCCUGCGGCCGCACUGAGCGUGUCCGUCAUGAACCCCAUUACGACCAGGUCCCGCCAGGCUCCCUACGCAGAAACGACCCCUUUGACCUUCAACCCCUGAGGUACCAGCGGAGCACCGAACUAGCCCUGAGCUCUGAUCCCCUUCCGCCCCCUCCCCUGCCCGACCAGCCCCCUGUGGGGCCCGAGUAUGACCCCAGCGUCAGUGAGGACAACCCAGACCCUGACCCAGAUCCACACCUCGAACUAGACCCUGCCCUCGACAUCAAACCGGUCCACCGUUUCAUCCCUGACUCGUGGAAGAGCUUCUUCCGAGGGACCAGUCUCCGCAGCAGCAAGCCCUGCCCCAUGCCUGCCUCCUCCUCCUCCUCCUCUAACAACAACAACAGCACCAGUGGCGGGGUGCGCUGCUCGCCCCCACACUCGCCCUCCCUGCCCAGAUCCUACCGGGACCCCUAUGGGGGGUCGGGGGGAAGCAGCUACAACUCCCGCAAGGAGCUCCUGGGAUUGGGUGACCACCAAGAGUCAAUUUCGGGACGCACACUCCACACGGCGCUCACCUACAGCGAGCGGGUGGAAGAGUACCACGAGCGCUACGGCUACAUGAAGUCCUGGGCGGGCCUGCUGAGGAUUCUGGGAUGUGUGGAGCUGCUGCUGGGUGCAGCGGUGUUCGCCUGCGUGUGCGCGUACGUGCACAAGGACAACGAGUGGUUCAACAUGUUUGGCUACUCCUCGCCUGGAAGUGCAUACGGAGGCUACGGAGGUGGGAUGUACGGAGCGGGCACCGGAGGGUCCUACUACUCGGGUCCUCAGACUCCGUUUGUGUUAGUUGUGGCGGGGCUGGCCUGGAUCGUGACUGUGAUAUUGUUGGUGAUAGGGAUGACUAUGUACUACCGCACCAUCCUACUGGAUUCCUCCUGGUGGCCCCUGACAGAGUUUACUAUAAACCUGGCCAUGGCCGUGCUCUACAUGGCUGCAGCUGUAGUCUACGUCAGGGACACCACGCGGGGCGGUCUCUGCUCCCUUCCCAUCUUCAACAAUGGCAUCAACGGGGCUUUUUGCCGCACCGAGGCCGGACAGACAGCCGCCAUCAUCUUUCUGUUCGUCACCAUGGUGAUCUACCUGAUCGGGGCCAUUGUGUGUCUGAAGUUGUGGCGGCACGAGCAGGCACGCAUGUACCGGGAAAAGUAUGGCCUGGAGAUGCAUACGACAGAUUUCCCUGCGGCGCGGUCUUUGAUGCCGGUUCCAGAGCCAAUUCAGGGUUCUACUGUGGUUCCCAUCCAGGCUGCGGUACCCAAGGCAGGGCCACCGAAGGUUCUACAGGGAGCUAUCCCUUCUGGUCACAUCCCCAAACCAGUCAUCAUGCCUGACUAUAUAGCUAAGUACCCAACCAUCCGUACGGUCGAUGAGCGGGACCAGUACCGGGCUGUGUUCAAUGACCAGUACUCUGAGUACAAGGAGCUCCACGCUGACGUGCAGGCCACCACCAGGAAGUUUGACGAGCUGGACGCCAUGAUGCGUGCCCUACCCCAGCACCCCAACAGUCAGAUGGAGUAUGACCGCGUAAACAAAAUCCUUCAGGAGUACCAAAGGAAGAAAAAUGAUCCUACUUUCCAGGAGAAGAGGGAGCGCUGUGAAUACCUGAAGAACAAACUGGCCCACAUUAAACAGAAGAUCCACGAGUACGACAAGGUCAUGGAGUGGAACGAUGGCUACGGCUUGUCAUGUUGCAAUCCAUUUUGUUUUUACUCAAUCACUGUGCAAACUUGGGCGGGUCAUAUUUUGACGAUGCAACACCUGAACAAGGUGUGGCCUGUUAUUGAGAAUCGGACGGAAUUUCACCAGAAAGCACUGGUGUCAGACGCGCUGACUAUUUUCCAACAGAGCUCAAACAGUUUUAAAGAGAGAGGGGCCCUAGGAAUGUCUUCCAAGCCCAACGGGAGUCCGCCUCCCUAUGAGUCAGAUGGAUAUCAUGAGCCACCCCAGCCGGCGUACUCCUACUACCCUGACGAUGAGUUCCAGCACUUCUACAAAUGGACGUCUCCCCCGGGCAUCAUCAAGCUGAUGGCCAUCAUCGUCAUUGUCCUCUGUGUGGCCAUAUUCGCCUGUGUGGCCUCUACGCUGGCCUGGGACAGCCAGGGGGCCAUGUCUGGCUUCGGUGGUUACGGGGGCAGCUCGUAUGGGGGCAGCUCGUAUGGGGGCAGCUCGUACGGAGGCGGUGGUUACUCCGGUAGCUUUGGUGGUGGUGCCUAUGGUGCCGGUAACAACUAUGGCUACGGUGGACUCGGCGGGAACUACAAUGACCCUCGCACUGGCAAAGGAUUCAUCAUUGCCAUGGCAGCAUUCAGCUUCAUCACGGCCCUUGUCAUUUUCAUCAUUGUGGUGUCGAGGCAUGGCCUGUCGGAGUCUAGAAGGUUCUACCUAGCUGUGGUGAUCAUCUGUGCUAUCCUGGCCCUGCUGAUGCUCAUAGCGACUAUAGUGUACCUGGUGGCGGUGAACCCCAUGGCUCAAUCUACAGGGUCGAUCUAUGGGAGCCAGCUGGCAGGCCUGUGUGCCCAGUACCAGGGCACCCAGGCUUCAGGAAUGUUGGUCAACCAGUAUCUCUACCAUUACUGUGUGGUGGAGCCUCAGGAGGCCAUAGCGAUAGUGUUUGGCUUCCUGGUGAUGGCGGCUCUGAUCAUCAUGAUGGUGUUUGCCUUAAAGACGCGCCAGAAAAUCAGGAAUUAUGGCAAGUCCAACGUCCUGUGGAGGAAGGUGAAGGUCAUCAACGAGGAGGCCCCGCCCCAGGACGUGGAGGCAUGGGUGAACAAUGUGUCAGGUUUUCCUGAUGAAGGUGUGGUGCUGACCGACUACCCAGAGAAGUUUGGAGGAUCCAGGAGUCACCUGGACGACACCAGCACCAACUACGACAAACCUCCCUACAAUGACAGCCCAGCUCCUCCAGUAGUAUGUGACUUCCCUGUGCACAGUAGCGCCCCCUACAGCAGUGGCUCAGAGAUGGCCAGCUCAGCAGCAGGGAAGCCCAAGAAGAGACGGGCUGGUCGUCCUCGCCGUACUGAUGGACAGGAUACAGACUACGCUUCCUCUGGGGACGAGCUGGACGACGACAAUGACUUCGACAGUGAGUUCCCCACCAUUGCCAAUGAGCAGGAACGUGUGGACUACAAGCGUGAGUUUGACCGGGAUCACCAGGAGUACAAGGACCUGCAAGGAGAGCUGGACAUCAUCAACAAGAGCCUGUCAGAGGUGGACAGAGAGCUGGAUGAGCUGCAGGAGGGAAGCCCCCAGUUCCUGGAUGCUAUGGAAAAGUACAACAGGCUAAAGGACAUAAAGAAGUCAGCAGAUUACCAGUUGAAGAAGCGCAGGUGUAAAUACCUGAAGGCCAAACUGUCCCACAUCAAGAGGAUGGUCGCUGACUACGAUCGCAGGGCCUGAACUUCCUGACGUCAGCCAGGAUACUUCUUCCGGUUCAGAGCUGAUGCCAGAUGUAACACUGGUGGUUUGAGUCAGAUUCUACUUAUUUCUUUGGCUCUGCUCUAGUAACACUAGCAUAUCACUUAGAAUUAAGCAAUGUAUUGAGCAUUUAUUCUAAGUGGUAUGCUUGUGUAGAUAUAAGAACGUAACCUUUGUAAUUAGGUUUGUGGUUGCCGUAUACUGAGCAUCUUUACUGAAGUGUCUUCCCAAGGAUCUCCACUGUGAUUGGAUGGAUGUGCUAGGGAUCAGCCAAUCCACAGUAUACUACAAAGCUGUUAAAAAUGAAGUUCUCGCACAUACUUCCUGAGACAAUGGCUGUAGAAAUGUGUGGGUUUUGUGACUUUUUUAAAAAAUUGGUAAAUUGAAUGUGCAGAAAUAAUGUAUUUAUAUGACUGCAUUAAGUUAUUAGUGUUCAAAGGCUUGUGUUAACUCUUGUUUCGUAUAAUGAAUGGUACUUAGUGCAGUUUAUCCUCUCUGUUGUCUGUUGCUAAUGUUGGGAUGCGACAAAAUGACAACCUCAAACUGAUGUUGUGAGACUGAUUUCACUCUGAUACAUUAGAUGUUUUUACAGCUUCCUCUUUUAGAUAAGAUGUUCACUUUCUAUUUUCUCAACCUCAUUGUCAGGUGUUGAUACUUGUACUUAUGAAAGGUUUGCCAUUUGUAAAUAUGUGAAUAUACUUGUGGUCUCUUUAUGUACUAAUGCGUUGUACCCUCUCCUGUCAUUUUUUGUCAGUUGCUAAAGACUUCGAAACUGUUACACUUUGUAAAUCAUUAUGCAUUUGAUUCAUGUUCUGUUUACUUUUUUGACCUAAAUGGAAUAUAUUCAAGGUAAACUUUUUAAAACUGAUUAUUCAAUUAAGAUUUGCGUAACAGUUGAAAUCAACCUGAUCAAUUUUGUUCUAUAUGGUCUCUUAAAGCCAUUCUCAGGUUUUUCAAUGUGUGAAUAUACUGUUAUAUACUUAGUUAUAUUAUAUUGAUGUAAUAUGGUCUGCUCUCUUUUGUCAGUUGCUAAAGACUUUGAAACUUUUUUUAUCAAGAUGCCUUAAGGUCUUUUUAAAUAAAAUAAUUAAACCGCA